AUGUUUACGACGUGUGUGCUCACCUGUUCCGCGAUUCUGUACAAGGAGUGGCAGGGAAUGUCGAUUAUGGACAUUGUUGGAACCCUGGCUGGAUUCGGAGUCAUCAUUAUAGGCACGCUCGAACUCAAAAUGUUUGGAAGGCUGAAAGACGAAGUGAAUGAUUACGGGGACGAGCUGCCCAGUGCGGAUGCUCAGAUCACCGAGUUUUUUGACACAAGGGUGACCACCAAGGCCUCUGUCCGGGACUUUGAGUCUGCCUGCACUAACGCCAGCCAAGUGUAA